CGGCAGGACGCACGUGUCUCUGGGAGAAAACCAGUGUCCGGAGGCCUCGUCCCAGACGUCAGAUAUGGGAUUAUCACCGCACGCCGCGCCGGGGCUGAGAAGAGCCGCAGGGCGACAGUGAAGAGUUGAUCUGCUUUUUUUAAGUGUGGUAGCAACUUUGUCAAAUAGAAAAGAACUUGUAAAAAAUAGCUUUUAGUGCUUUUGAGUGUUUAAAUAUCUAAGGGGGGGACGGAGGUUGUAAAUCCCGGAUCUGAGGCAUCGCCUGCAUGUGCAGGGCGAGAGGAAAGAGUCUGAUGAACUUCGACGAACACUUAGGACUUUGUUAAAAUUGCUUUGAGAGAUCUUAAGAAUCUGAUUAUCUGUGGAAGGUGGUGGAGAUCGCCCCGUGGGGGAGAGAAGAGCUUCAUUUUGGACCCUCCCCCCCCCAUCAGAGGUCUUUUCCUGCCUGGAUCUUGCUGGAUGUGUCGCUGACACCUGGAGUUCAAAAGGUACUUCCCAUGGAUCCGAACCUCCAGGGGUCUUUCCUGUUCAACAACCAGUUCCCCUCGGAGCUCAAGGCCCCGGUGUGCCAGUACUCGGUGGCCAACUCCUUCUACAAGCUCAACCCGGGCCUGAACAGCCAGCUGCCGGCGGGCACGCCGCACGGCAUCAGCGACAUCCUGAGCCGCUCCAUGAUGGGCAUGGGCUCGGCGGGCACCACCACGCUGCUGUCCGGGUACUCCACCGUGGGGGGGUUCAGCCCCUCCGUCGCCGGCACGCCCAUGUACUACAACAACCGGGACUACAACUCGUCCCUGGGCGGGUUCUCCAAGCCCGGCGCCGAGUGCCCGAUGAAGGGUCGCAGCGUGAGCUGCUGGGCGGAGACCGGCUGCGACUGGAGAGCCGGGAGGCAGCAGUGCAGCAACGGUGGAGGUCCUCUGACGGAGAUGUCAGGCAGGAAGAAACACACCCGGCCGACGUUUAGCGGACAUCAGAUCUUCGCCCUGGAGAAAACCUUCGAGCAGACCAAGUACCUGGCCGGGCCGGAGCGGGCCAGGCUGGCGUACUCCCUGGGCAUGACCGAGUCACAGGUCAAGCCCAGCUGGCACCAGCUGCGACACGUGCUGCCACCGAACAUUCAGGUUCAUCAGCUUUACGAGGGAAACCACACCGAUGUUGGAAGCUUUCACGUGGCUUUUCCCCAAAGAGGUGGGACUUGA